AUGAAUGACGUCCUCCGCGCUUUUCUCUGCAAGUUCGUACUUGUCUUUUUUGAUGACAUACUCAUUUACAGCCAUUCUUUGGAGGAGCAUGUAGCCCAUCUUGGCAAGGUAUUGUCUGUGUUGCAGCAACACCAAUUGUACGCCAACGCCAAGAAAUGUAGUUUCGGACAGCGGUCGAUUGAGUACCUUGGCCAUAUAGUGUCCGCUGAGGGUGUUUCGGCUGAUCUGGUUAAGGUAGAAGCCAUGGUAAGUUGGCCCCCACUUGCCGAUUUGAAGGAGUUAAGGGGAUUUCUUGGGUUGAUGGGUUAUUACCGGAAGUUAGUGGCGGGCUAUAGUCAAAUUGCGGGGCCAUUAAUUAACUUGCUCCGGAAGGACAAUUUCCGGUGGGAUGCGGAGGCGUUGCAGGCCUUUGAGGGGCUGAAACUAGCCAUGACGCGUGUACCGGUUCUAGCGCUGCCGGAUUUCACAAAGCCUUUUGUCCUUGAGUCGGAUGUGUCGGGGUUUGGAGUGGAGCGGUUUUGA